AUGAUAAUGAACAGAUCAACAGGCUUUUUUUCUCCCUAUGGACAUGAUGCAUUACCACUGGUAGAUGUACUACAAGAAGUGGAGUUCACAACGAAAAAUAGAAUUCUCUCCUACAAAGGUGACAUCCUCAACUACAUGUCUGGGAUUGACCUCUCAUGCAACAAAUUAGAAGGAGAAAUUCCAGCUGAGCUUGGAGACUUGAGUAAAGUCCAUGCAUUGAACUUGUCAUUCAACAAUUUAACUGGAUCAAUCCCCACCCAAUUCUCAAAUCUUCAGCAAAUUGAGAGCUUGGAUCUAUCCCAUAAUAACUUGGAUGGUAUUAUUCCCCCUCAAUUGAUAAAGUUGAACUCUUUGGCCGUCUUCAAUGUGGCACACAAUAACUUUUGGGGAACAACACCAGAAAGAAAAGCUCAGUUUGGUACCUUUGACGAAAGCAGUUACGAGGGAAAUCCUCUCCUAUGUGGACCUCCACUGCAGAAGACUUGCACUAAAAUUCAAACAUCAUCUAACAUUCCAACUGAUGAUGAGAGAGAUGAAGCUUGUGGUUUUAUGGACUUGGAAGUCUUUUACGCUAGCUUUGCAGUGUCUUACAUGAUAAUGCUGCUCGGAAUUGUUGCCAUUCUCUACAUAAAUCCGCACUGGCGACAAGCUUGGUUUAACUUUGUUGAAUUGUGCAUAUCCACUUGUAACCUAUCUAGCUUUAGAAUUGUGUAGCUUUGUGUUUUGAUGUUUGCAUUUUCGUAUGUCAUUUGUUUUUCUUUUCUUCAAUUUCAAGCUUGAAGUUUAAAUAACAUAUAUGAGACCUGAAAGCUUGAUCAUUGGAAUUGUAACUUUAGUAGUCAAUUAGUGAACAAUCAGACAAGAUGCUUGAACGAUA